CGGUACAGCAGCGCCAGAGGAGCUGCUGGCAUGCGGCUGCGCGGUGGCUCCAGGUUCCGCUCCUUUCGCUGCUGCGGUUCCUGGGAGAGCCCCGCGGUUCAGAAGUCUCCGGUGCAAGGGGAGGAGAACAGAGCCUCCCCGCUAGAUUUUCUGCCCUUUGUAUGUGAUGGCUGUUCAGGAGUUUUUUGCCUUCAACAUAGAAGCCGGGAUUCUCAUGGCUGUUCUGAGGUGAAUAUAAGAAGCGAGAGCAUGAAAUCGGACGAACACAGAUCUUACCCAUGCACGUAUACGGGCUGCAAUGGAAAAGAGCUUUUACCAGUUUUAUGCCCCUACUGCAAGAAACAGUUUUGCUUAAGACACCGUCAUCAGUCAGACCAUGAGUGUGAGAAACUGGAUACCCCUAAACCUCGCAUGGCUGCUACCCAGAAGCUAGUUAAAGAUAUUAUAGAUUCUAAAAAGGAAGAGGCAGUAAGAAGCAAAAGACGGAAAGGAGCAAAAAACAGUGAAACAGCGGCAAAGGUGGCACUAAUAAAACUGAAAAUGCACGCGUGUGGGGAUAAGUCCUUGCCACAGACAGAAAGAAUUUACUUUCAAGUGUUUUUACCUAAGGGAAGCAAGGAGAAGAGCAAACCCAUGUUCUUUUGCAGUAAGUGGAGUAUUGGCAAAGUAGUAGAUUUUGCAGCUUGCUUAGCAGACCUUAAAAAUGACAACAACAAGUCAACAGCCAAGAAAUUAAGGCUGUGUCAUACUGCAUCUGGAGAAGCUUUGCCAUUGGACCACACAUUGGCUACUUGGCUAUCCAAUCAAGAGUGUCCAUUAUAUAAUGGUGGAAACAUUAUUUUGGAAUACCUUGAUAAUGAAGAUCAGUUUAUAGAAAAUACAAAUUCAUAUUUAGAGUAGCUAAUUGGUGAACUGGAUGGAAACAAAGAUCACCAGAAAAAACACUGAGCUAAAUCCAAGCACAACUUACAUUUAGAAUGGGUUCAGACCUGAUUCGGCCCUGAGCCAGCCAGACACAAUUCCCACCAACUUUAGUGGGAGUUCCAUCUGCAUAACUGUGGGUAGAAUUGAGCCCUAUCUCUAAAAAUAAAUGUAUAUUUUUAAUGUAGAACGGUUGUGGUUACUUAAAACAAUAGUUUAACCCAUUUAAUAAAUAUUUGAUGUUGGUCAAUUUGAAAUAUUUAUAAGAUAGAAAGUGUUCCAGUCACAACUGGCACAGGAUGCCUAUGGGCAAGUAAACUAACUCAUCCACCAGCUACCAGAACUUGGGAGUGGUUGAUACUGCUAAAAAGAGAAUGGAUUGGUAAGCGGGCAUCACCUCUAUGCUAUGAAUCUUUCCAUUUAUUUUAUUCUAUUGCCAUUAUGCAACCAAAUGAAAUUUUUACCUUCGGUUUUGUAUUUUAAAGUAGUUUUUGUACAUUACAAAGUAUUGAUGAAAACAAUAAAUGAAUUAAUAAUGUAAACCAGCAGAGUGAACAGUUAACUGAAGAGAUAAGAAGCUCUUUAUAUUAUUGGAGGGGAUACCUGGUUUGACCUAGAGCCCUUCUCCAUUCUACAUCUGCCUCUUUUGUGGCUAAACAGAGUGACAGCCCGAUUGAACAGAACAGUCCGGUACCUUUCUAAAGCACGACAGUAAUGUAUUUUUUUAUUCUCUAUUUCUUGCUUUUAAGAAUGUACAGGACAGAGUUUGAAAAAAAACCCCAUGUUUUACAAGCUCACAAGUGAGGAAGUAUUGUCCAGUGGUUAGGAAGCUAACCUAUGACUUGGAAGAUCUGGGCUCAAGUCCCUACAUGGUGACAGACUUCCAAUGACACCUUGGACUUAGGCUCUCUAUUCUUCAGUUUCCCAUCUGCAAAAUGGGGAUGAUAACAUUUUCCUACAUCCAAGGGGUGUUAUAAGGAUAAAUACACCUCUACCCUGAUAACGCGGUCCUCGGGAACCAAAAAAUCUUACUGUCUUAUAGAUGAGACCGCAUUAUAUCGGGGUAGGGAGAGGAACCGUUGCCCGCCCCAGCUCAGCUCAGCUCCGCCUCCUCCCCUGAGCACGCCACCUCCGCUCUGCUUCUCCCCCCUUCCUUCCGUCCUUUCCUUCCUUCCUUCCAGGCUUGCCGCGCCAAUCAGCUGUUUGGCGUGGGAAGCCUGGAAGGAAGGAAGGGAGGAAGCAGGGGAGGAGGCGGAGCAGAGGUGAGCUGGGGCGGGGAGCGGUUCCUCUGCGCCCUCCCCCUCCCCCGCCCACCUCCACUCCACCUCUGCCGGAGCGGAGGUGAGCUGGGUCGGAUGGGGCUGCAGCAAGUAAAGGGCGGGUGCAGAGGAACCGCUUGCAGAAACACGAAUUCUGAUAUAACGAGUUAAAGUAGCCCCACUCCCCGGAGCGCUGCUUUCCCGCGUUAUAUCCGAAUUUGCGUUACAUCAGACCGCAUUAUAUCGGGGUAGAGGUGUAUAUUAAAGAUUCUGAGGCACUUACUUUCUACAGUAAUUGGGGCCAUAUAAGUACCAAAGACAAGUACAUUUUCAUAACAUGUAAAAUGUUAUUUAGCUAAUUAUCAGAGAUAUUUGAGUUUAAACAGGUGUCUUCUCCCAGGCAGGGACCCAUGUCCCAUGCUGCACAUUCAACACAAUAAUGUGACAGGCAGGUCCUGCAGGUUUAUGCAGCAGAAAGCUCAGGUUGUCUUACAUGUGCAAAGCUUUCGAUGCUUUCAGAAUGGGAGUUUACACAAAGGGGAGUGACAACCUGACAUACAGGAGUAGGCAGGAUGGGAAGGCUUCUAAGUGAAGGGGUUUGCCUGUGCAGCUUUUAAGGAGUUCGGUAGAGCAAGCUCUUACCCUCUGAGAAUGGCAAACCGAACCAAAGGGAGUGAGAAGUCAGGAAACCCAGAGUUGGGAAGAUUGGGGGCCUCUCUGACUUGUGCUUUUUUUCUUGUGAGCUGGUAAAUCUCCAGAUGAACAUUAGCACUGUUCACCCUCUACUCACCCCUUUUUCUCUCAUGGUAACUGACUUGUGAUAGGUAGGCAGCUAGUCAUUAGUGAGGAAAUGUUCAAAGCCACUAAGGGCAGUAAGGUGCCCAACUCAAUGAAAAAUCUCCCCCUAAUUUUCUAUCUUGACUUGGCUUUUCCUCUUGGCUUGUAGGUCUUUAAAUAUGAGCAUGUAUGCUGGCAGCAUCUCUUCUUACCCCCCCAUCUGGAUAUGCCGAAAGGCUGCUGCUUGUUUACCUUUAACCUCUCGGUCCCUCUUUAAGGCUCUUUGUGAUGGGGCAUUAUUAAAGGAUUUGAAAGCUAUCA